AUGUCGUCUUCGACAGAUUCUGAGAAACAGCCUGCUGCUGCUGCUGCGGCCGCGAUCUCGCCCGCCCAGCCUGCUACUGGCGAUGCUGCUCCAGAAAAGACAGUCCAGCCAUUGGACGCUAGCAAGUUGCAGUCCAAGGGUGUCACACGCAUGGAAGCCAUUGUGCGCGCGACAAAGACGAACCGCACCAUGCUCUGGAUUGUCGGUGGCUCGAUCCUUCUCUGUGCCUUUGCUACGUCCUUGGACUUUGGAACAACUCGGUUCUAUGCUAUCCCAGCAUCAGGCUACUACAAGCAGCACAGUACCGUGCUUUCCACGCUGACCAUUGUGACCAACAUCAUUGCUGCUGUCAGCAAGCCGUUCAUUGCCAAGAUGUCCGAUGUCACGAGCCGUCCGUACAUGUACUUGAUGACACUGAUUCUGUACGUUGUGGGAUACAUCAUUGUGGCCGCGUCGCAGAGCAUCUCAGCCUACGUGGUCGGGGAGGUCUUUGUGGCCAUUGGCUACUCUGGCCUUGGUAUGAUGGACGACAUCAUCGUGGCCGACUUGACAACAUUGGAGUGGCGAGGAUUCCUGAGUUCGCUUCUCUCUACACCCUUCAUCAUCAACACAUGGUUCUCGGGCAAGAUUGUCGACGCACUUGUUUCACGCGGCGAGUGGCGAUGGGGUUAUGGUAUGUUUGCCAUUAUCAUGCCGGUAGCCGUCGGUCCCGCCAUCAUUUGCCUUCUCUACCUCGACCGCAAGGCUCGCAAGCUCGGCGUCUACGGCCAAACGGCAGCCGAUCUGCUGCAUCGCAGAGAAAAAGACGGCGGUGACGAAGUCGGCCAUACCAAUGAAGAGGCCACAGCAGCCGAAGUUGCGGCCUUGGCUGGUACGGUAGAGGAAAAAACAUGGCAGGAAAAGCUAAAACGCGGUUUGAUUGAGAUUGACGCUUUUGGCCUGUUGCUACUCGGCUUCGGAUGGUCUCUGUUGCUGCUCCCCUUCUCACUCAAGACGUAUGCCCAUGGCGGAUGGCAGAACCCGUCCAUGAUUGCCAUGAUUGUCGUCGGUGGUGUCAUUUUGAUCGGCUACGUCGUCUACGAAGUCAACUGGGCUCCGGUUCCUAGCGCACCUCGACGCCUUGUGUUCAACCGCACUUUUAUCGUUUGCGUCAUUGUCGAAAUGUUCUACUUCAUCUCUAGCAGCAUUCAGGGAGUCUACUGGUCCUCGUACGUCCUCAUCGCCAAACCCUGGUCCUACCAGAACUGGGUGUACUACAACAAUGCCGCUACCUUGGCACUCUGCGUGUUCAGUCCCAUUGCUGGUCUCAUUCAGCGAUGGACGCAUCGCUACAAGACUAUGCAAAUUUGUGGUCUGGUCGUCAAAAUCAUUGGUGUCGGUAUCCUUCUCGACGGUAUGCGGGCAACCACCAACACUGGCGCCUUGGCCAUGUCCAGCAUUCUCAUCGGUGGCGGCGGCUCCUUCUCCGCGGUUGCAUCCCGCGUUGCUUCACAGGCGUGUGUUCCUCACCAGGAUGUCGCCACGGCCAUUUCCCUACUUGCUCUUUGGACUGCUGUUGGUAGAGCCGUUGGUGGUGCCAUUGUCGCCGUCAUAUGGUCCUCCAACAUGCCCGGCCAGCUCAAGGCUCAUCUCCCUGCUCGCAAUGCCACGGAUGCCACCGUGGCGCGCAUGUUUAACAAUAUCCAAACCAUCAGCAAGAUUCCUUACAACGACCCGGUUCGUCAGGGCGCCAUUGUCGCGUACCGCAACACUCUGUACUACUGCCUAGUCCCCGCAUUGGUGCUGGCCUUUAUUCCUCUCAUCGCUGCCUUGUUCCAGAGCAACUUUUACCUUGGCAAGCAGCAGAACGCUACCGCCAACAUUGGCACAGACGGUCAGAGCUUGAGCGAUGAGGAUAUGAACCCGGUUCUUCCCAAGGCGACUACUAAGCGUGAGAAGUUUAUUCGCUUCUGGGCCGGAAAAUAGACUGUAGCUAGGUGAUUAUGUCGUCCCUGUAUUAAAAAUGUGACUGGCAAUAAUAUUAUUGCCUACCGCUAUUCCUUUCGAGUAUACAUCAUUAAUCCCAU